AUGACCGCCGCGGCCGGCGCGGAGCGUCGCGGUACGGAGCGCGCUGUGCCGCGCGUCGAGACGAGUGGCGGGCGCACAGCGUCCUCACGCAAGACCGAUCUCGACGUGCUGCGCGCGCACCACCGCUUUCUGCACGACGACCGCGACGAAGUGAGCUACGAAGCGCAGGUGGCACGCAAGUACUACGAUGCGCUCUUCAAAGAGUACGCCAUUGCGAAUCUGAAGCAUUAUCGUACACGCGGCAUUGCGCUGCGCUGGCGCACCGAGGACGAGGUCGUGGACGGGAUCGGGCAGGACAGCUGCGCGAACCAGCGGUGUGCCGACCACUACGAGGUCGACGCGCCGCCCCCCCUCGGCGAAUUCGAGGUGCCGUUUGCGUACGAGGAGCCGGACGCAGACGGGCGCAUGGUCGCGAAGCAGGCGCUAGUCAAAGUCGUCCUGUGCGAUCCGUGCGCGGAAAAGCUGCAGCAUGCUUCGCGGCACGCGCGCGCCGCGCAUGAUACGCCCGAGGCCGCGCGUGCCGCGCGGCACGAUGCGCACCGCCGCCGCCGGACUCGCCGGCGAUCUGCGUCACCUUCACAGGGUAGUUGA